AUGAGACUUUUAACCUCCCUCCCCCGAGUAACCUCAUGCUUACGUCCGUUCCCCAAACAACAAAUUCGCUCCUAUCCCACAACAGGAGGCGACGCCGGCCCCGAAUUUUCCAAACCCGGCCGAGGGAUGGCAGGCGACCUUACCAUGGGACGCGUAACCCGGGAGUUCAACAAGGAUGGGACGGAUCCGACACCUAGGCGAUGGGCACUAUACAGCAUGGGUGCGGUUGGACUGGGAGGUGCGUACUUGAUGAUGAGGCCAAGGAGGUUGCCUAAGCGGGAGGUUAUCCGGCAGAUGAGGGAACACUAG